CUGGGGGAUAGCCCUCCAGAACAGCCUAGACGGGUAAGGGGCAGGAGUGGAAAGAACUCUUGACGGGAGACGCAGGGGCUGCAUGUCCGGGAAGUGAGAGCAUAAGGAGAGAACAUUCCACAUGCAUUUCUGGUCAAAUAGUUUUUUUUGAGGCGAUCAACCGGUAUCAACUCCACAUCCAGGGAAAAAAUAUUAAUACAUUUUUUAUAUGUUUUAGGUCCGACCUUUUUUAAUUUUUACGGUUCUGUCCCCAGUUCGAACUUCUUGGCCAGUGAUUCCUUCCACCCAAAUUGGAUUCCCCUGUUAGGAUCACCAACCCGGUGCGUCGCCACCAUGAGUUCAGACAACUCCUCCCUGGCUGGGGGUCUCGUGUACGGGCACCUGCCCUGCGACGGCUGGACCAAUAACACGGAGGGUGCCAUCUUUCAGCUAGGCAACACCAUCCUGCUGCUGGGCUAUAUGGGAGGCAGCGGGCCCCACGGCUGCCUCUUCAUCUUUGGCUUCAUGGUGCCCUCCUUCCUGUGCAUGCAGCUUUGGGGCUGGCUGACCGUGUGCGGUGCGGAUGUGUUCACCUGGAACCUGCUGCUCGUGCUGGCCUGCCUGGCUCAAAUCUGCCACCUCAUCUACCGGCUGCGGAAGCAGGGUCUAGCCAGCGAGGAGCUCUGCAGCCUGUACCAGGCAGUGUAUCUGCCCCUGGGCGUGCCUGUGCAGGUCUUCCAGGAGGUGUCUGGGGCCUUCGACAACAGGGUGCUGGAGCUGAAAGCUGGGGACACGUACUCUCUGGAAGGAAAGACGCCCAUCGAUCAGCUCUCCCUUCUUCUUUCUGGGAGGAUUUGUGUGACUCUGGAGGGUCAGUUCCUCCACUAUAUCCACCGCCACCAGUUCCUGGACUCCCCAGAGUGGGAGUCCCUCCGACCCACUGAAGAGGGAAACUUCCAGGUGACCCUGACGGCGGAGGAGGACUGCCGCUACGUGUCGUGGCGGCGCCGGCGUCUGUACACGCUGCUGUCGCGGGAGCGCUACGUGGCGCGCAUCUUCUCCGUCAUGCUGGGCCUGGACAUCGCCGAGAAGCUCUACGCCCUCAACAACAAGCUGUUCGUCAAGAGCGGCGUGCGGCUGGACAUCCGCCUGCCCAGCCUCUACCACGUGCUGCUGGCCCCCCCCACCGGGGCCUCGCGCAGCAGCGACGGCAGCGGGAACGGCCCCCCGGGCGGGCGGGGCUCCGGCAACGACGGGGCCGACCAGCGGCAGGGCUCGCUGGGAGACGACCCCACCACGGCCGACUACCAGAACUCCCAGAACUACUACAAGCAAGGCCCCAGGACCUCGUCCCAGGACGACCCCCAGGACGAAGAGCCCGAGCCCUGGGCCUCUGACGUGGCGCCCCACCCCGGAAGUGAUGACGCCGUAAACGACAGGCUCCGUCCUCCACGCUUCCGCCGGGGCCGUGCCCCUCUGGCCCCUACAGACACCCCCAAGCUGUGAGGUCGGCCGCUCUACCGUAGAGGGUUUGGGUUCGGAUGCCUCUAGCUGACCCUGUGCUGCUGGGCUGUCUUUCCUCUAGUCCUCCACCCACCACACUCCACCCCGACUGGGAUGUCAUCGUCUCCCUGUUUUGUUUGUGGUCUUCAGCUUCUUUUUGAAAGUACUGACGCGAAUGAUGUCAUGAAAACAUUUGAUCACCCCGGAAACGGUUUCGGGCUUCGAUGCCACCUUGUGCCGUUCACGUUUAACGUUGCAAUGUAGGACUUUCUGUUUCUGAUGGUUAAAGUAAGCACUUCGGUUAUACCAACAAUACCUUUAUUUGUGGACGGCAGAUGAGACGCAACAAAGGGUGUCGUUUUGUAGUAGCAUUAGUAAUAUUAGUUCUGCAUUCUGUAGCUCUUUACCUUUGUAUGUUUUGAAAAUACACUAAACAUGGGGUCCGUACCAUUUGAGUGUACAGAUCGUACCAUCUACUGCCUUGUAUAUACAUGGGGUCUGUACAAUCAAAACGUACAGAACAUACGAUCUUCUGCCAGGUAGAAACUUUCUUCCGGAUGGGAAUAACCUCUGCCUGAGAGCCCCCUUUUCACAACAUACUUUCUUUUUUUGUUUUAAUUCCACUUUCUAUGGAUGGACCAUCUGUAACCUCUUGUCUCCUGUAUCUUCCAUCAAUGCCUCACGUUUUACCGUAUGCCAACGACGAUACACAAUUGUAUACUGUGAACUGUGUGAUUUCUUCAGAGACCUGUGUACUGUUUAGAACAUAGAUUUACACGUGUUUCAACGGGGCCAAGAUUCCUACCUAUAAAGAACUUUGUGUGCAGUGAAGACACUGUUUAACCCUGUGUGUGUGUGUUCACUCUGUCAUGUUGUGUUGCUUCUCUUCAUUGAACUCAAAGCUGUUUAUAUAAUAUGUCUCAGUAAUAGGCUGUAGCAAUGGCAGUGUUGUUCUAGAGAACAGGAAGCAUAGAUGGGCAUUUGUUUACAUUUU